AUGGAAAAGGCAUAUUGGUGUAAAUAUUCGAGGCCUUCAAGUUACAACACACCAUGGCCACUCGCUGAUGGAUGGGGUGACAACUCAGGCAGCGAAAUUUUUGUUUUGGACAUGCCGGAAGAACGCUACUCGGGGGCUUUAUCGGAGCAGCAGGAAGCAGCUGCCGUGACAUUUCAUAAUAUCACGGAAGCUGAAACAAGUGUGAUGGAACGUUAUUUAAGCAUGAAACAGGGGCCCACAGCUUCACAGGUCCUUCAAAGAAACCCAAAGUUCAAAUCACUCUUUGACCAACUUGGCUUCGGGCCUCAAGCAAGAGAAGCAGCUGCUGUAGCCCUGAUGAAUAUCUCUGAGGAGUCUAAUUCUCAAUGCUUUACAACUCAACCACAAAGGUCAUUCUUGGGAAAUGACAAUGCUAUUGUCUUUACGGACGAAGACAUGGAAGUUCCAUACCCGGACCAUAGGAGGCCGCUUUACUUGGAGGGACAGAUCAAUGAUGUGUUCAUAAGGAGAGCUUUGGUGGACACGGGUUCCUCUGUCAACAUAUUACCUCUGUCUGUGCUUACGGCAGCUGGUAUCCCAUUGUCCAAAAUUGUCCAAUCACAAACAAACAUCAGUGGUUUCGGGAAUAAGAGUGAGGUCACAGUCGGGCAUCUACAAGUACAUUUGAAGGUUGGGCCAAUUCGGUCACUUACUAAGUUCUAUGUUGUGGAUGUGGAUGUGGCUUACCAUGCUUUGCUUGGAAGGCCAUGGCUCAACAAGCAUAAGCUUGUGGUCUCUACCUAUCAUCAAUGCGUAAAAGGAAGGAUUGGGCUGAGGCCGCUACGCAUACCUGGAAACCAAGCACCUUUCAACAAAGAUGAAGCUCACUACUCUGAAGCAGAGUUCUACACUGAAUGCACAGGUGCUGGAAGCAAUCCAUCCAAGGAUUUCGGGACCUACCUUCCUUCGUGGACUGAAAUUCGUGAUUUAAGCAAUGAGGAGCUCAUCACCAUUGUCGAUCGAGAGAGAAAGAGGCACUCGGAAGUCAACAACCAUGCCUAUGAUCAUCCCCAAUGCUCAAAGGUGACGCUGCCCGAUGGACGUAUCGUGUACCGCUUAUGA